GUCUUAACCAUCUGCUGAGGGGAUUGUUGAUUUGAGUGCCAGGAAAGUUUUCACAGCAGCUCCAUUUGACAAGAUUUGAAGAUGUUUUUUUCAUUGGCCUCUAUCAUCUCUCUUUUGGCUGUCAUUAUGCCAGCUGCCUACAGCGGGAAAGUUCUGGUAUUUCCGCAUGACGGCAGCCACUGGGUUAACAUGAGGGUACUUGUUGAGGAGCUGCAUUCAAAGGGGCACAGUAUGACGGUAAUUCGCGCUGCAGACAGCUGGUACAUCAGUGAAACCUCUCCACUCUACAGUACUGUCACAGUGGGCAUUUCUGGUGGUGGAAAUGAGGAUUUUUUCCGUCUCUUUGUCUCUGAAGUUCUUAAAAUUAAACGAAGCAAGGGGUCUGCGUGGGCCCGUUUUGCUUUAGAUAUGGAGUUAAAAGACAAGUUCUUUGAAUUACACAGGAAAAUAUGUGAAGUAGUCAUGUACAUGUUUGAAAAUGAAGAGUUAAUGAAGUCCUUUAAAGAUGCCAAGUAUGAUACGGUUUUGACAGAUCCUGCUAAUGGAGGAGGAGUAAUGCUGGCUCACUAUCUUGGAUUGCCAUUAGUUUUCAAUGCUCGAUGGACUGUUCAUGGCGAAGCCCAUUUUGCAAUUGCACCUUCUCCACUUUCCUAUGUCCCACUUCCACCUUCUGAAUUAACAGAUCAAAUGACAUUCUUUGAGAGGGUCAAAAACAUGAUUUUUUACACCAUGAGGAUGCAUCUGUAUAAACAGAUAGUUGGGCCACAUUAUUCUGCACUGUCCACUCGAUACUUUGGUCCAGAUGUAGACUACUUCUCAAUGUUUCAGGCAGCAGAUUUGUGGCUCAUGAGAGUGGACUUUGUGUUUGAGUUUCCUCGUCCCACCAUGCCCAAUGUUAUCUAUAUGGGAGGGUUCCAGUGUAAACCUGCAAAACCUCUGCCUCAACACUUGGAGGAGUUUGUCCAGAGUUCAGGGGAACAUGGAGUCAUUAUCAUGUCUCUGGGAACUUUAAUUGCAGAGCUUCCACAUGACUUAGUUGAUGAGAUAGCUGAUGCUUUUGCCACAUUACCCCAGAAAGUCAUCUGGAGGUACAAAGGUGACAGACCAGCCACUCUGGGCAACAACACUCUUGUAGUUGACUGGAUGCCACAGAAUGACCUCUUAGGACAUCCCAAGAUGAAGCUAUUUGUAAGUCAUGGAGGAACAAAUGGAAUCUAUGAGGCUAUAUAUCAUGGUAUUCCAAUUGUAGGCAUUCCCGUUGUGUUCGAUCAAGCUGACAACCUCUCUAGACUGAAAGCAAAGGGUGUGGCAAAGGUUUUGGAUGUUUCUGAAUUGGAUAGAAACAUAUUUCAGACUACCAUUCAAGAAGUCCUGGAUGAGCCCUCCUACAGGAUGAACAUGCAGAGACUCUCCAGGCUGCACAGAGAUCAGCCAAUGAAGCCACUCGAUAACGCCAUCUUCUGGAUAGAGUUUGUCAUGAGACACAAAGGAGCAGCUCACUUGAGAACCGAGUCCUAUAGAUUGCCAUGGUAUUCAUACCACUCUGUAGAUGUCAUAUUAUUUUUAGUUUCAGUUGCUCUUCUUAUUUUGUUCACUUUUGCUGGGUUAGCACUUUCAUGCUUUAGACUGUGUUUGAAAAGAAAAGUGAAAUCUGAGUAACCAAAAGACAUGCUUCAUUGUUCAUUUUCAUAUUGGUUAAUAUGUUGCUAUAUUACAGUUGUAAAAUGUAAUUAGUGUACAAAAAAUAAAUGCAGAUUUUUUAUUUGUA